CUUCACCUUUUUUUUUUCCACCAUCGUUUCAUCUCUAUUUUUUUUUUCUCACCAUCGUAGCCAAAACACUCUCCACAUGUUUUUGAUUUCUAUCAAUAUUCUUAGAACAAUUCUUUUCUUCUUAUCUAAUACAUCAUCCACUCUCUAUUUCUGCAGAGAGUUAGGUUGAAGAUGCCACUGGAGUAUACUCCUCUUUCCCACCUCAAUUCAUCUCAAAAAGAAUGGAAAAUCCGAGUGUUGGUCUCACGGGUAUGGAACUACUACUCCAAAAAUAAACCUGAAGUUGUUCUCGGGAUGGAAGCUAUCCUUGUGGAUUAAAAGGGAGAAAGGAUUCAAGCUUCUCUGAAACAGAAGUUGAUUAAAAAAUUUGGAAGGGACCUAAAAGAAGAAGAGUAUCUAGAUGUCAUGAAUUUUGAAGUGUUGGGUAACAAUGGUGAUUACAGAGGAACCACACACCCUUACAAGAUAAGUUUUAUAUGGACUACAUAUAUGAAGACCUCUGAGCAGAUCCCAAAUCUAUCCCACUUCAACUUAAGCCCUUUUUUAGAUAUUUUAUCUCAGUCCAUUGUUGAUGAUGUCUUCAUAGACAUUCUGGGUGAAAUUGUUGGCAUGGGUGAAAUUACUGAGAGGAAGUAUGCAUGGCAUUCAACAAAACUUUUGGAUAUUCAACUACGAGAUCUGAGUGAAACAAUCAUUGAAUGCACUUUAUGGGAAAACCGUGCUGAGGAUGUGCACUCUUAUGUGAAGAACAACAAAACUGGUCCAGUUAUAUUGCUUGGAAGUCUUAUGAGAACCAAAAAAUUCAACGGUAAAAUAUCAGUUCAAAACUCACGCUUUUCUACAAAGCUUUUUCUGAAUGAAGAUAUAGAUGAGAUAAGUGAAUUUAAGAAAGGCAUGGUGAACACUGAUAAUUUGGCUCCAUGUACGGUUACUCCAGUGGUAAAACCCACUUCAAAUAAAGUGGUUACCGUUGAUGAUUUCCCAUUAAGCUGCUUCAAAACAAUCGAUCAGCUCAUGUGCAUCGAGGAAAGUACUUGUGUUAUGUUCGCAUCUAUCUUAGCAAUUCAAAAGGGAAUUCCUUGGUUCUAUGUUGGGUGCAAAGGCUGUUGUGGGAAAGCUACUCCAUAUUUCAACCCAGUGACUGAGGAAAUUGAGGCCAACAAAUAUGCAUGCGACUCUUGCGAGAAGGAUGAAACCACCACAAGUAUAAGAUACAAACUGCAAGUCAAAGUAGCUGAUCAUACUGGAAGUACAUCUUUUCUAUUAUUUGAUAGAGAAGUUAUACAACUCAUUCAUAAAUCUGCUUAUGAAUUGCUUGAACAACAAGUGCAGGUGUGUUUCCCAUUGAUUCUUCAUUUAUUUCAUGUUAGUAUGAUGAAUGGUCUGAAUAUAAAAUAAAAUCUCAGACAUGUUCUUCUUCCAUUCUUUUUUAUUUUAACCGUGAGAAUGAAAUUCCUCAAGAACUAAUGGAUUUGGAAGGAAGAAAGAUCGUUGGGUUAUCAGUGUAAAGGGUACGGAGAAAAAUUUCAGACAACCAAGUUUUAACGUUGUCAAACUCAGUGAUACGCCUGAUGUGAUCCAUAAUUUUCAAGAUAAUAUGAGAAUGGAGGUUGGUACACAUUCCGAUUUCCCUUUAAGUUCAAGUACAUGUUCUGCAAUGCAGGUGGAAAAUACAUCUUCAGAAGCCAAUAACAAUGAUUUACCACCUUGCUCUCCUAUGACUCCAAGCACAAAACGACAAGGAAGUAAUAUUAUUGAUGAUGAAGCAAUUCAAGAAUCAUCAACAAAACGUAAGGGAACAUCUAAAAGGCUAAAGGAGAAAGUGGUAGCAAAGUAGAGACCAUGAAGAAAGAAAGCACGAAGGCUAAGCUUUAGGAGUCUGAGCAGGUAAAAUUCGUUGGUUCUGUUUCUGUUCGUAUUUAAUCUAACUUCAGUUUGUACAGAGAAUGCUGUCUUUAAAACCUUGGAUACUUAUCUUUAGUUAUGCAAUUGUAUUGAAUUUUCAAGUAACUUUUAU